UUAAUAAGGCAGAUUAUCUUUUUUAUGUAUGAUGCGUGAGAGCCCUGUGUAAGAACAAUAUUUUCCUCAUUGUUAUAACGGAAGUGAAUUUUUCCCGUAAUAUUUUAACUUCCUGUGAAAAAAAUACAAAAUUCUGCAAAAAUAUGCGCCGCUCGCAACGUCUUAUGAAGAAAACAGAAAUUACUAACAAACCUACUGACCUUGUGUAUGGUAGCACUCCCGGUUAUGAUAAAGCUAAUAUGGAUAUUAAAAUACAAAGAGAUAAUGAAGAUAACGGAAGUGUCACGAAUGAGACAAAAUUUAACAGAUUACCUACACCAGUGGGUAAGGUUUACAGCUCAGAGUUAUCUAACGAUAUUACAAGUCAUAAGUUUGUGAGUACAGGGAUUGUAGGGGCGAUUCCAAUAAACACACAGAAAAAGAAUCCUAUAUCUAAACAGAGGAACCAAAAACGAGGUCAUCGAUCAGCAGCGGUUGCAUCAACUGCUAGUAAAGGAAGAAAAAAGCGCAUAACACAGAAAAAAACCCCUGGACAAAGAAAAAGUUCAUUGGCUGCUGCCAUGGAGAACAAUGAAAUAAAAGCUCCCACCAUAUCUAUCGACAGUUAUUUGAACCCAUUAAGAGACCCAUUAAUUCGAACUGAAGUAACAGCUAGGCCGAUGGAAAGUAAAUCUUUAUAUUCUUGCAAUAAAGGAAUUCCUACAAUGAGCAUCCAAUCAAACACAUAUUCUCUAUUACCUCCAAUUUAUCCCACUCAUUUCACUAAUCAAAACUUUGAUGACAAAUUAAAUAAUCCAACAUCACAAUGGAAACCUGCUUCCGUUUAUAAUAAGAACGUAUUACCAGAAACCAAUUUUCCUACACCAGAAUUAACACAAACUCUCGAUUUUGAUUCAUCAACUUCUACACUUUCCCUACCGGAGUCGUUACGAGAAGUAUUUGGCUGCGAUGAUAUACGAGAUAUUUUAAAAUUGGAUAAAGUUAUAUUUCGUAUGCAAGUUUUACACUUACAAACUUUAGCAUAUGUGUUAAAUAUUCAAUAUGAUUACUUAAUUAAUUUGGUGGAGAAGAUAAUGAAACUGGAUACUGAAACAUUGAAAAAAGUAGCUUUUGCGUUUCAGCCUGAAGCUGUACCAACGAAGUGUCCAACUAUAAACAUCGAAGAAAAAUUCAUAUUAUUAGACUAAAAAUAAUAACUGAAAAGCUUCCUAAAUUAAAGAAAUAAACACACUUCUGUAUAUAAUAUGGCAAUCGUACGUUAUUCUCAAAAAUUUGAACACAUAUGCGCGGCUGAAGUGAAACUUCGUCAAGUCACCAUAUUUUAUAUGCGUAUUUUUCUGCACAAUAAUGAAUAACUAUCUUAAACUUAAUCAUGCCUAUUACGGUAUCCGAUGGAUGCCAUCCGCAUGGAUCUAAAAUAUAUA